AGCCACCUCACACUUCCUGUGUAUGGAGGAAAUGGCGAAACUACAGGUACCUGUCGGGCGCAUAGAAAAUUCACAAAAAAUGCGAUAUGAGUAGCUAGUUAACCAGUUAACUUAGAAACGUACAUUUGACCGAUACAUAAUACAAUUAUAAUUCUGUCACGAGUUGGAGUAUAACUUGAACAGCAGAAUACAGUAAUUCGCUUAUUGUAUUUUUACGCUCCAUUUGAAAAUUAAUUCGAAUCACUUUGCCAUCGAGCCAUUUAGCAGAUUUGAGCAACUACAUUAGCCAUGAAGGUCACUGUACGUGAAAUAUCUAUAGCGUCUAAACCUGAGUGCACAUUCUACCUCAAGUUAGAAUGGGCCAAAGAUCUGGGAGCUGGUUUUGUUGUACUGCUCUGUGAUGGUGUCUCUGCAUGGAGUGGAGAAGUAUCAGAGGAGGACGUCAGCAGGGAGGCCCAAGAGAUGGAGAUGCCAAGAGAGAGGUAUGUCCGUGACCUGCAGCUGAUUCUGACUGGAGAGGGACAGGCAGACCAGAGCUACAGUUUUCAUCUGGCACCUGAGCAAUCCGGAAGCCCUAUGUUAAAGCUAUCUUACGAAAAAGUGCAGAGUGAAAUGUCGUUCAGGUUUGGCAUGGUGGAACUGCUACCUGUGCCAGAGCCCACUAAAGUCAUAAAGGAGCUCAUUACAUAUGGCUUAGAGCGCAGUGCUCGCCUGCAAGCCAAGAAACACAACGUGUACAAGGAGAACCAGAGACUGAGGAAUGAGCAGGAACACAUCACUGCAGAAAUGGAGAGAUAUAUCAAAGAAAAGGAGACACUGGAGAGAGAGCUGUACAACCGCUUUGUGCUGAUCCUUAAUGGGAAGAAGGCCAAGAUCCGCACUUUACAGGAGAGGAUCAAACAGCUACAGAAUACUAUACAAGAAGAAAUGCACAGAUGGAAGAGAGGGGAAGCCUGUCAUGGAGGAAAUGAGCAUGCAGAUGAGAAACUUGAAAAGAGUGACUAUGGAAACACCACAGAUGAGGAAGGGGAUGUAGAUUCAAAAACUCAGAAUCUGAAACAAUCAAGCAAUCAAGUGCUGGCAAGCAACCCAAUGGAUGAGAGUCUAAAUGAUAUUGCGGAUGUGGCUCCAAGCCGCAAACGGCGUCAACGUGGUAUUCAACCCUUGGAAUCCCAGACAAAAAGACCAGCUCUGGAGCAGAGACAGACCUUAAGGUUUCUCAGCGGGUGCUUCACUGAGGAGAGCAAACCUGUUAGACAUGUGAAGCAGAGAAGAGUGGUGCUCCCGUGGGUGAGCCUUAGCGUUAGCUUUGGCUUUUCGAUUAUGCCGCAGAGUCAUCACCCAAUCGCCCCACGGUGACAGCUCUAAAGCUGGAGUUGGGGAAUUGCUAACUCCACCUAAGGCAUCCAGACUUUCCCCUACAGAAACUGUGCUGCUCUCACUCUCGCUAACUCUUUGUAGAGGUUGGAUGCGCACCUCUAAUGCUGGAAUCCUCUCCUUCAGAGAGCUAACUAAUAUACACUUCUCACAAUAAAGCUAUUACUAACGACGGAGGAAGAAUGACUAAACAUCCUGCACUUGACACACUGAAGAAGCUGUUUGCCAUGUUGAGAGUUUAACGUACCUUAGUCAAAGAUUUGUUGAUCUUUGUCUUUAGACAAAAAAAAGUUAUGAUCGAAAAAAUGAAAAUGUGGCAGAAGGGAAAAGUGAAAAAUACAACAAAUGAAAACGAUAGUGAAAAGUUAUUGAUGAAAAAGAAAAAACGGUAUAAUUCAAACACAGACACAGGCAAGAAACUCCCAGCAAGUGAUUUGAAAACGGGAACAUCACAGGAAAGGAAUAAUGACCAUUGUGCAGUUUGCAAAAGAAUGGUGUAGGAAUCAGCACUUUUUGUAUGUGCCUUUACUUUGUGCUUCUGUUAACAUUUUAUUAAGCAGUCAAAUUACCUGUGUGUCAUCUUUGUUUACCAUAUUCUUCUACUGUGUUGGGGUUGAAUAUUUUGUGUGUGUUCUUAACACUCUACUAUACAAGGCUUGCUUUAAAAGAUACCUGAUUCUCAUCAGGUGCUUAACUUAAUUAAGGAACAGGUGCAUAAAUCACCUUAAUUUUAUUCAGUUAUUAUACUGCUGUGAAAAGUGCUUGUGUUAUUCUGUUUUUAACACUAACUUGUACUAAUUUUUUAUUAUCAUGUUAAUUACCAUCCUUAAUUUAAAUGUCAUUUUCACUGCACUUUAAUUAAAUUGCUACUUAACCAUGCUUUCAAAACCUUUUAUCUAGUCUUGACUUAUUACAUCAGUUCCUUUUAUGUUAACCUUAAAACCCUUACUACAGUCAGCAUCAGGUCAAAUACUGGAAUUUUUUUUCUUUGAUGAAAGGGUCCAAUAGUCCAGUCGGCUGUUCUUAUUGUAACUGAUUACUGUUAACAAUUAUGACCAGUUAAACAUUCCACACCUAUUUAUCCUGAUGCUGAUUGUAGUAAGAGUUCAGCCAAAUUUUAGAAGCAGCUUCUUAAAAAUCCUCAUUACAAGUUGUUGUCAAGUCUGUCAUCUUUCUAGUAUUGUGAUGGUGCUUACUAACUCUAAUUUUAGGAAUGAUCUGCUUGAAGAAGCCAAAGCAGAAGUGAGUAAAGUUCCAUUUCAGCAGCCUACACAAAUCUGUCCAGAUCCUGAUGACCUGUUUGAUGACAUCUAACUGCCUUCCAUGUUUCUGACACAUUUUUUAACUGUAGUUAAUAUGGACAAAUGAAUUUGUACAUUAAAUUGAGACUUACCAUAUAUAGCCUAGAUACUGAACAUCCCUAUACACAUUUUAGCAUUUGUAUUUGUCAUAAAACCCAUAAUAGAGUUGCUUGUAUGUUUGUAUAUAUGUGUUCUAUGUUUAUUGAAUUCUCAAAAAGA